CAGGAAGCUCCUAGUGAAUCUGGCAAUACCAUCUGCCAAGUAAGUACAGAAUAAUUGCAAAUAAAACACCCAUCCCUAAAUAUUACAUUUAAAUUAUUGACACUUCUUCUCUAAAAUACUGAGUUGAUUCAAUAACUUGUCUUUUAUCUCUUAACCAGGAACCACCAGAAAACACUGACAACCAGGAACUUCCUAUUGAAUGCGGCAAUACUAUCUGCCAAGUAAGUACAGAAUAAUUGCAAAUAAAACACCCAUCCCUAAAUAUUACAUUUAAAUUAUUUACAUAGUUUCUCUAAAAUGCUGAGUUGAUUCAAUAACUUGUCUUUUAUCUCUUAACCAGGAACCACCAGAAAAUACUGGCAACCAGGAAGCUCCUAUUGAAUCUGGCAAUACCAUCUGCCAAGUAAGUACAGAAUAAUUGUAAAUAAAACACCCAUCCCUAAAUAUUACAUUUAAAUUAUUUACAUAGUUUCUCUAAAAUUCUGAGUUGAUUUGAUAACUUGUCUUUUAUCUCUUAACCAGGAACCAUCAGAAAACACUGAGAACCAGGAACUUCCGAUUGAACCAUCCAAUACCAUCUGCCAAGUAAGUACAGAAUAAUUGCAAUUAAAACACCUAUCAUUAAAUAUUACAUUUAAAUUAUUUACACUUCUCUAAAAAGCUGAGUUGAUUUGAUAACUUGACUUUUAUCUCUUAACCAGGAACCACCAGAAACUCCUGGCAAAACCAAUACCAAUACCAAUUGUAGUAAAGAAACAUAACAUUGUUUGAAGUUGUGUGAAUUUUACCAAAAUUAUUUUAGAGAUUUAACUAUAGCAUUAUAGGGAGUUGAUCAUUUAACUAACUUUAUAAUGGGCAGAUUUAUCAAGGGUCAAAGUGAAAAUUCAAAUUUUGACUAUUUUUAUGGCCAAAGCUGACAAACUUUAAUAAUAAUAAACUUUAAUAAUAAAUAAGCAUUAAAAGCCUGAGCGGCUUAAAUCGGAGUUUGUAGCAGCCAAUAUUGAGAUAAGUUCGGACCUUGAUAAAUAACCCCCUAUAUGUGUGAACCUAAUUAUGUUAACUAACAUAUAGACACCCCCUAUCAGGCCCAGACUGGCAACCUAUGGGUUCUGGCAAAUGCCAGAGGGGCUGCUAUAAGGUGCCAUAGAAAGUCAGUAUUUAGUGGGCUGGUGGGGGGCUGUUUGGGCCUCUAUGUGGGCUGAUUGGGCCUCUGUGUACCUGAAAUGCCAGGGCCUAUUUUAUUCUAAGUCCGGACCUGACCCCUAUCCCUGUCGUUCAGAUUAUAAUUUUAGCAGGUUUCCAAAAACAGUUGAUCUGAAAAAAACUUUUUUUUGUCUUCCCCAGGAGAAUCAACAUAAAAUUGCAGAUAAAUACCCGGUAAGCAGCUGUUAAACUGUAUUUUGGAACACUAAACAAAGCAAAAGCACAACUUUAAUGGUUUGAAUUAAAUAUUCCAACCCUUAGCCUUCUCCCGAAUACACCAAUUCCCAGUUCCCCCUAUACUUCCUGUGCUUCUUUCAUUUGUCCAAUGUCAUUGUAUUUGUCAUGUUUUUAAUAAAAUGUUUUUUUUUUUAGAUGCCCAGGAGAUAUCUGCAGCUCUUAGAGCCGGGUUGUGAGGACAACUAUGGAAAGAACUAUAAUGGAUGGCACCGUAAAGAGCAAAAAGAAGUGGCCAUCACCAUCAUUAAGGAUAUUGAGAACAAAAAAGCAAUCCAGAGAGAAGUUGACAUCCUAGAAGCGGUGAAGGGCCACAAAAAUGUGAUCGGCUUUUACGGGGCAUUUUACCACCCUGCCUCUGUGAAGAUGCCGGAACGUGAAGGGCUGUGGAUUUCUAUGGAGCGUUGGUCUGGUGUAUCCGUGCAAGACCUCAUCAACACCAGACGCUCCCUGUCAGAGGACUGGAUUGCCUAUAUCUGCAGGGAGGUGCUACAGGGCCUGUGUCAUCUUCAUAAACAGGAGGUCAUCCAUCACGACCUGAGGCCCCAGAAUAUCAUAGUGACAUCAUCCGCUGAUGUAAAGAUCAGUAAGUGACGCUUGGAAUCUGAACAAAGGGAUAGUAUCUUCUAUCUCCAUGGUGUAUAUUGGUGGGUCACAUUAAUAAAUGAACGUUAAAAUAAAAUUCUCGCUUUUUUCCUAUCAUUUCAGCCGACUUCAGCUCUGCCACCAUGGGAAUAAGCAGUGUUAGUACUUCUGGGACUAUUCCAUACAUGGCCCCAGAAGUACUCAGCAACAUUAGUACCAAGACCAUCCGUUACAACUCUAAGGUAUAGUGAUGUCUUCUCUCUCGCUUUAUAUGUAACGUCACUCACUUCACAUACCCCUCUCAUAAAGCUGUAAAGUGGCUUCUAUGAUUGAGACACACUCAGUCUGGGGUCUUUGGGGUCACUCUUUAGAGAUGACAGUCACAUCACUUCACUCUUUGAAAUGUUUCAUAUCAGUACAAAAGUCGUACUUUGUAUUUUAUACAGAGAAACCUUCAUUUCACACCACUGAUUUUAUGUUUUUCCCACAGUCUACACAUUUCUGUUGUGACCCCAACAUUAUAAAAUAUCUCAUAAAUUUCCUUGAGUUUAUAUGUUUACACAAUUUCUUUUCUGGUCCCUUGAAACACAUAAAAAUGGGUUCUGCUAUCUUUUGAUAUUGUGUAUUCCAAAUAGAAUCACUGUCAGGGUGUGGAUAGAUACAUAGCAAAAGUGCCUGAAUUAUCUGUAAUUGGAAUUCUUCAUGUGGCCUGUGUAUAUUCUUGUCUAAUUGCCUUUUUCCCCAAAUUUUAAUAUUUAGGCUGAUAUAUGGUCAUUGGGAAUAUCGGCGCUGGAAAUGGCAGAAGGAUAUUAUCCAUUCAGCAGAUUUCCCGAAAACAAAUUAAUGAAGAGGGUUAUGCAUGGUCCCGCACCAACAUUACUAUGGGACAAAUGGAGUGACAACUUUCGUGCAUUCAUCAGAGAAAUCCUCCAAAAGAAUGCAGCUUGGAGACCCUCUGCAGAGCAGCUACUGUCACACCCCUUUAUAUCAAAUAUCUCGAAUGAAAGGGGUGUGACUGAUUCCAUCAAGUGGUACGUGCAUUAAGGUAAGGGAACUGCUCAUUCUCAUUAUAAUUCACUUGAUGUAUACACUAUAUCCAUCUACUGCUCAUUCAUGCAAUAAUAAAGGCCAAGACUGCAGAGGUCAUUGAACUAGGCCAAAUCUAUGAGAGAGACAAACAUAUUGAGAUGGGAGAAAAUGUUAUUAUUAAAUAGUUGUAGUUGACCAAUUAAUUAGCAAAAGGGAUGGGAUAUAAAACACGCAGCACAUAUAAAGCAGAGAUAAAAUGGCAGAAUUAUUGUACAAACAGCUUCUCCAUGACUAACACUGAUCAAUCUUUCCUUAGCAAUGAAGAACUGAAGAAAUAGCAGCCAUCGGGGGAGGGACGGGGGCACAAUUGCAGGGCCCUAAUAUCAUCUUUGGGCCCCGCAGAAAAACAUGGUCCCGAUGGCGGCUUUAGAAGAUUGACAACAUCAGCUUUAGAAGAUUAACAUCAAAAUGAUAUUUUACAUUCUUCAAUAAACAUCUUAAAAUUA